AUGGUUCGAGUUCUCGCGGUUUUUCUACUACCGCUACGCUUGACGUUCUCGGUCAGUGAAGCAGCGGAAUGCACUGACGCUGAGACUGCCACUGCUAAAUCCGUAUGGGAAACAACUGCCAUCACAUCGGCAUGUGCACCCUACGUGACGCAGAGCGAACCCAUCUACAUCAACGCACCUUGUUUGGCUACCGACUGUAUCUCUCUCGUGGAGGUCAUGGUCGUUGAUCUGCCUAACUGCACGUUCAACGGCAUUAACAACAAGAAUGAUGUGCAGCGUGCACUCGCAGCUUGCAAUGCCGUCUAUUUCAAAAGUGCCGAAUUAAUGAGUGCGGGCUCAUUGAGAUCGGACCUAUUGAACGGAGGCUCGUUGAAUGCAGACUCAUUGGAUCCAGACUCAUUGAGUGCAGACUCACUGAGUGCAGGCUCACUGAAUGCUGGUUCGUUGAGUGCAGUCUCACCGUCACCGAAUACUGGCCCAUCAGGUUCGGGAUCAUUGGCAGCACUGGCCACUGACGCAUCAGGAUCCUCUACUCGAGAUGUGUCGAACACAAAUACAGACGUGAUGUCCCGUUCGAGCGCUUCGUCAUCCGACCUGACAACGGCCACGGUGGGGUCUUCUUCGAGCGCUUCAUCGUCGGGGCAGACGAUGGCUUUUGAGGGAUCUACUGUGAGCUGCUCGAUGGCAGAAGUAAAGAAAACGUGGAACCUGUUCGUAUUUACCGCGACAAGCAACGAGUGCAUUGAGGCCUCUACCACUGGUGGAUAUGGAGUCGAGAUCUUGGCACCGUGCGGUUCCGACUGCGCUCGAAGUGUCGAAACAUUGGCGAACAAACUCCCGAAUUGCUACUAUGACAACGAAUCGGUGAAUAAGAGAGAGGACGUGCGGAGCCAGCUCACUGCGGGGUGCAAUGGGGCUUCUAAGUUCGUCAGCGUUGCAAUUAUUGCUGACAGCAGCAUGAUGCGUGCAUCCUCAUCUGGUUCAAUGGCAGUGUCGGAAUUUGAUGCGUCGGGAUCAACGUCCUCCAAUCGCGGAAAUCCGUCCGACGAUGAGACGUUGGAAUCGUCGAAUUCUGCAACUGGAAGCAGUCGGACGAGCGAAAGCAGCGCCGCUCCAUCUUUCGACGCACAGCUGCAUCUUUGGACUGUGUUUUUGAUCGGCAUUGUCGUCGCUUACGCGAGCUAG